UCUCUAUGAGCCAUGUCCUGCCACCGACUGUCCAACCAGCAGGCAGGAGGUGGUGUUUUUUUCCUGAACAACCUGUUCAACGGGUACCUCAGUGUGACCGGAGCCCUCACUACUGCACAGUCACAUCUGUGUGAAGACACUCGGAGGCAGGCUGCAUUAAAGCCAGAUUUUGCUGCUGUGACUAGAUCUUGUCAAUAUGAAACUCCCUGAAAUUGUCUGCGUCCAGGAGUGUUAUGGAGCAAUUUUCUCCGUGUAGAAGGAAUUGUUACCUGUAUCUGGUAGUGCCGGACAGUAUUUCAUGGACACAAAACCAAAAAUGAGUGGAGUAACAUCACCCUAUCAGCGAAACCCUGACUGCAAACGGAGCAAACAUGCUGGAACACUCAAUAAAAUCAGUAUGAGAGCCGUGGUGACAGGAGGUGGUGGCUAUUGUGGAUACAAGCUGGGAUGUGCUCUUGCCAGCAUAGGAGCUUCUGUUGUUCUGUGUGACAUACACAAGCCUUUGUGGGUGAUUCCCAGUGGAGUGGUGUGGAUCGAGACAGAUAUCAGGGAUUACCGUGCCAUACUGUCAGUCUGUGAAGGGGCUGACUGUGUGUUUCACGUAGCUUCAUAUGGAAUGUCAGGAACACAGCAGUUGCAUAAAAAAGAGAUUGAAACUGUAAACAUUAAUGGAACAAGAUUCAUCCUUAAUGCCUGCAAACAAAAGAACAUCCCUCGGCUGGUCUACACCAGCUCAGUGAAUGUGGUGUUUGGGGGGCUUCCCAUUGAAGACGGGGAUGAGGAAUCUCUGCCGUAUUUCCCAAUUGACAAGCUCGUUGAUCACUACUCCAGAACCAAAUCGAUUGCAGAACAAAUGGUACUGGCAGCUAAUGGAUCUUCACUAGAAGGAGGUGGAACACUCCACACGUGUGUCCUUCGCCCACCAGGGAUCUAUGGACCAGAGGAGCAGAGGCACUUGCCAAGGCUAGCAAAAAUUAUUGAGAGAAGGCUGCUUAGCUUCAAGUUUGGGGACCCUAGUGUUCAAAUGAACUGGAUACAUGUAGAGAAUUUUGUACAAGCUCAUAUUCUAGCUGCUGAAGCUCUCACCCCUGCAAAGAACUACAUAGCUAGUGGCCAGGUGUAUUUCAUUCAUGAUGGAGAAAAAUCCAACCUUUUUGAAUGGCUAACUCCCCUUUUUGAAAGAUUAGGUUGCAGUAAGCCAUGGAUAAGUAUUCCUACUUCUUUAGUCUAUGCAUCAGCCACAUUCAUGGAACACCUUCAUGCAAUUCUGAGACCAGUUGUUGACCUGCCCCCACUGCUGACCAGAAAUGAGGUACAGAACAUUUCUGUCACUCACACAUUUCGAAUAGACAAGGCACGAGCUCAGCUGGGGUACCGCCCACAGAAGUUUGACUUUGCUGAUUCUGUGGACCACUACAUUGAAUCCAGACCACGCUCACGUUAUAAGCUUUUCCUCAAGGUUUUGUUUACUUUAAUUGUUAUUUCAAUUUUGUUUUUUCUUUCUUCAAAACUUGGUGGCCUUUCAGUUUUGCAUUUUUUUAAAGAAAGAAGACACUGACCUGCAUGAGCUGCACGGUCACAGUAUUGCUACCCAGAUCAUUCUAACUUCCACAAUAGUUACUGGCACACUGCAACAGAGGCAGCUACUUUUGAAUUUACAAACAAUAUCAUAACAAACAAGUGGCUGGACCUGAGAAAUUAAAAUACAGUAAACAAUAGUUGCCAAAUCACUGAAACACAACCAGAGUCAAGAUUGUUGCUUCUAUUUCAAACCAAAACAACAACUUUCCAAAUUGAUUGCUGAAGUAAAUGAGAACCUGCAGGAAAAACAGGAGCUGCAGACAGCCUGCAGUGCUUCACCAGUGAAGAAAAAUGGCUGAAAUUAAAAGAAAG